GCCCGAACGUUCCCAGGGCUCAGCUCUUUGGAGCUGCCCAUUCCUCCCGCUGCGAGAAAGGACGCGCGCCCUGCGUCGGGCGAAGAAAAGAAGCAAAACUUGUCGGGAGGGUUUCGCCAUCAACCUCCUUCCCGCAAACCUAAAAACCUCCUGCCGGGGCCAUCCCGAGACAGAGGAAAGUUCCUGCAGAGCCGACCAGCCCUAGUGGAUCUGGAGCAGGCAGCAGCGGCGCUGGCUGUGGAAUUAGAUCUGUUUUGAACGCAGUGGAGCGCAUCGCUGGGGCUCGGAAGUCACCGUCUGCGGGCACCGGGGUGGCGCUGUCCGAGUGGAACCGACAGUUUGCGAGCCCCGGCUGCAAGUGGCCUUUCCUCCCCGCAGUGUUGUUCAGAGUCGGGUGAGGGCUGCGAGUGUGGCAAGUUGCAAAGAGAGCCCCAGAGGUCCGGAGAGGGCUGCGCUCCUGCUCGCGUUCGCUUCUUACUCUUCUCGGUUCCUUACUGUGAAAUCGCAGGGACAUUUACGAAGGCCUCCGGGUCCCAUCGAGACCGAUCCGCAGCGCUUGGCCCGGUCGCGCCUCUUGCAUCGGGAGCCCCCGAGCACCGGCGAAGGACUGGCGGGCUGGGUAGGGAGGUGGCGGCGGCGGCAUGGCGAGGUUCCCGAGGGCCGACCUGGCCGCUGCAGGAGUUGUGUUACUUUGCCACUUCUUUACGGACCAGUUUCGGUUCGCCGAUGGGAAACCAGGAGACCAAAUCCUUGAUUGGCAGUAUGGAGUUGCUCAGGCCUUCCCUCACACAGAGGAGGAGGUGGAAAUCGAUUCCCACGCAUACAGCCACAGGUGGAAAAGAAACUUGGACUUUCUCAAGGCGGUAGACACGAACCGAGCAAGCGUCAGCCAAGACUCUUCUGAGCCCAGAAGCUUCACAGACCUGCUGCUGGACGAUGGGCAGGACAACAACACCCAGAUCGAGGAGGAUACAGACCACAAUUACUAUAUAUCUCGAAUAUAUGGCCCAUCUGAUUCUGCCAGCCGGGAUUUGUGGGUGAACAUAGACCAAAUGGAAAAAGAUAAAGUGAAGAUUCAUGGAAUAUUGUCAAAUACUCAUCGGCAAGCUGCAAGAGUGAAUCUGUCCUUCGAUUUUCCAUUUUAUGGCCACUUCCUACGUGAAAUCACUGUAGCAACUGGGGGUUUCAUAUACACUGGAGAAGUUGUACAUCGAAUGCUAACAGCCACACAGUACAUAGCACCUUUAAUGGCAAAUUUCGAUCCCAGUGUAUCCAGAAAUUCAACUGUCAGAUAUUUUGAUAAUGGCACAGCACUUGUGGUCCAGUGGGACCACGUACAUCUCCAGGAUAAUUACAACCUGGGAAGCUUCACGUUCCAGGCAACCCUGCUCAUGGAUGGACGCAUCAUCUUCGGAUACAAAGAAAUUCCUGUCUUGGUCACACAGAUAAGUUCAACCAAUCAUCCAGUGAAAGUCGGACUGUCCGAUGCAUUUGUCGUUGUCCACAGGAUCCAACAAAUUCCCAAUGUUCGAAGAAGAACAAUUUAUGAAUACCACCGAGUAGAGCUACAAAUGUCAAAAAUUACCAACAUUUCAGCUGUGGAGAUGACCCCAUUACCUACAUGUCUCCAGUUUAACAGAUGUGGCCCCUGUGUAUCUUCUCAGAUUGGCUUCAACUGCAGUUGGUGUAGUAAACUUCAAAGAUGUUCCAGUGGAUUUGAUCGUCAUCGGCAGGACUGGGUGGACAGUGGAUGCCCUGAAGAGUCAAAAGAGAAGAUGUGUGAGAACACAGAACCAGUGGAAACUUCUCGAACCACCACAACCGUAGGAGCGACAACCACCCAGUUCAGGGUCCUAACUACCACCAGAAGAGCAGUGACCUCUCAGUUUCCCACCAGCCUCCCUACAGAAGAUGAUACCAAGAUAGCACUACAUCUAAAAGAUAAUGGAGCUUCUACAGAUGACAGUGCAGCUGAGAAGAAAGGGGGAACCCUCCACGCUGGCCUCAUCGUUGGAAUCCUCAUCCUGGUCCUCAUUAUAGCCACAGCCAUUCUUGUGACAGUCUAUAUGUAUCACCACCCAACAUCAGCAGCCAGCAUCUUCUUUAUUGAGAGACGCCCAAGCAGAUGGCCUGCGAUGAAGUUUAGAAGAGGCUCUGGACAUCCUGCCUAUGCUGAAGUUGAACCAGUUGGAGAGAAAGAAGGUUUUAUUGUAUCAGAGCAGUGCUAAAAUUUCUAGGACAGAACAACACCAGUACUGGUUUACAGGUGUUAAGACUAAAAUUUUGCCUAUACCUUUAAGACAAACAAGAACAAACACACAAACAAACAAGCUCUAAGCUGCUGUAGCCUGAACAAGACAAGAUUUCUGGACAAGCUCAGCCCAGGAAACAAAGGGUAAACAAAAAACUAAAACUUACACAAGAUACCAUUUACACUGAACGUAGAAUUCCCUAGUGGAAUGUCAUCUAUAGUUCACUCGGAACAUCUCCUGUGGACUUAUCUGAAGUAUGACAAGAUUAUAAUGCUUUUGGCUUAGGUGCAGGGUUGCAAAGGGAUCAGGAAAAAAAAAACUAUAAUAAAGCUUUAGUUCAUGAGGGAUCGACACCUUUGGUUCAAAUGUUCUCUGAUGUCUCAAAUGUAACUGUUUUCCAAAGGCCGAACCCUUUCACUCAAAAGAGCAAUGAUGAAUGUUUCAAGAUUGCUAAGAAAAACAGCUCAUGCAGGAGUGAAAACAAACACAAAAUAAGAAAUUUUCUAUAUUUUCAAAA